AUGCCCGUCUCUGCAAAGUUAAACGCGUCGGUGCCUAUUGCAGACCUCGAGACGGCUGCAAAGACCAUCAAGGAGCAUAUUCAGGCAGAUGCAGCACGCGUUCCAGACCUCGACGUUGCCCUCGGCGCACUCUCAGGCAAGCCAGCGCUGCACAGAAUAUCCUAUACAGACACGCCUUCAGACGCGUGGCUCCCGUUUCUCAUUCGGAAAACGGUCCAACUCCCGCCCGCGCUCCUUGACGAGCUCAAUGUCGUCCCCCAAGCAUGCGGCAUGGAUCUGCUACCUGAAAUUCACUGUGCAUACAUUACAAUGAACCACCAGUUGUAUCUCUGGGACUAUUCCGCUGGGAGUGAAUUCCUUCGCUAUGAAGAACAACCGAAUAACAUUACCUCGGUCGCCCUCGUGCGACCAAAGGCCGGCAUUUUUAUCGACGCUAUCGAAUGGCUGCUCGUCAUUGCGACAAAGGCCAAUCUUCUCCUCCUCGGCCUGUCCAAGGAUGCCGCAACCGGUGAGAUCAAGUUGUACCAGACAGACAUGUCGGUUCCUACAGAUGGUGACAUGGACAACAUCGUUGGUACCCAGGACGGCCGUGUCUUUAUGACCGGCGUCGAAGAUGGCAAUCUCUACGAGUUGCUUUAUCAAGUCGAGGAAGGCUGGUUCACUAAAAAGAUACGGCUCAACAACCUCACCAUUGGUGCCCUCCAAAAUAUUCUCCCUUCAUUGUUCAGUUACAAGCAAUCCGACAAAAUUGUUCUCCUUGCCGUUGACGACGAGCGUCAUUAUCUCUACGCGUACACCCAGACAAACUAUUCCAUCACCGUCUACUCUCUAGGUCAACCCGGUAGCAAUCAGUUUGCUCCUAUUGGCGUCGUUUCGUCCCUUUUCCAAGCGAUCCAUCCCUUGCUCCCACCAAACCCAUCUGCACGCAAGUUUGUGUCCAAGGAUGGAUUCGGCGUCCUCAGUCUUCAUGUCGUUCCAAGAGCAGAGUCCCGUUCAAUAUGCUUGAUUGCCGUCACCUUUACGGGUCUACGAAUCUAUCUCUCCGAUGGGCGAGCCUCCUUGUACGGUGGGGGAUUCCGUGCAAUCCAUCUCCGCUUCCCCCCACCGCAAACCGAAACCUCCAAUCUGGGAGAAGUUGCACAGUCUGCUUGCACAAAUGGCGCAUUCGUCUGUGCAUAUGCUCCUGAUCAAGCUACGGACAGUAAUCCUAUUGUCGCUGCCAGUGUUGAUAUGGGAUCAUUGAUCAAGGCCCAAGCCAGUGCGGCGACUGCAGGAGGUCCAGGUUUGGUGACGGCGCCAGGACAUAGCACGAGUGGUCUCUACAACCCUUAUCCUGCGCAGAGGGUCCCCCUUUACGAAUACUCGGACGCGUUCCAGGUCGCGGGUCGGACGUGGGCUCUCAAGAGGCUCAUCAAGGCGUCGUCCAUUACCCGGUCUGCAACCACCCCUUCGAUCUAUGUCACUGGUUCCUCGUACCCGAGCGCACUCAACUCGCUCGUCACCCAGUUUACAGAACCUCCGGAUCAAUUUGCUGUCUUGAGCAAUGUUGCACUCUCGUUUGUGGUGCGAAAGCGUCCCUCGGAUAUCCUUAAGGGUAUUAUCGACUCGGAUGCUGGCGUUGUUAUUGGCGGCGCCCCUGGCCAGACGGAACUAUCCUCGUUUAGCGACAGCUUUGGGCGCGACGAGACGUGCGCCCAAUUGCUAGCACUAGCCGCUGGAAACUCCUUCCUAUCACCCGAGGCUUGUGAACCGAGCUCCUACUCUGCGACUGGUGGCGCUACCAUUCUAGGCAGUGGCAAAGAUUACCGAAUUUCGAAUCUGGCUUCGCAGGCAUUCUUUGAACGAGGUGGAAAGCCCGCUUGGAUCGAUCGAGGAGCAUUCGGUGCAGUCUCUGGUACUUCAGACGCGCACGGUCAAGUUAUCUACAGUGGUCGUCGUGAGGGACUGGCGUUGUACAUGGCGCGGCUUUUGCGUCCGAUUUGGAACGAAAAGGUCACAAACGCAAACGCUACGGGGCGACAAGAGAGCCUGGUCUCUGACCAACUCCUUUUCUCCAUUCAACGAAACCUCAACUUUUUACAAGAGUUUAUCCAAGCGAAUCAACACUCGUUCAACUACUCGGCAAACGAGCUUGGGCUCAACAGGCCAUCGACAGAGCAAGAAGCUUGGAAAGGCGAGGCUACCUCAAUGGCGCAACUCCAAAAUUUGCUCUCGCAAACCAUUGAGGCCAUCAACUUUGUGCUCUUUUUGAUUGACUACAAAAUUUCCGACGUCAUUGCAAGUUGUGACAAGCAGACACAAGAUGCUGUUGCACGCCUAACUUAUUGUGAUCUCGUGACCUCGAAGCAAGGUCGCGACGUCGCUCGUUCGUUACUCAAUGCCGUGAUAAACCAGCAGCUAAGUUAUCAGAUUGGUCUCGACGCUAUUAGCGAGACCCUACAACAACGAUGUGGCUCGUUCUGUAGUUCAGACGACGUGAUGCAGUACAAGGCAAUGGAAAACCUGCGCAAGGCAAAAGAGUUGCCACCAUUAUCAAAGGAACGGCAGAAUUGCAUGGCCGAAGCCCUACGGCUCUUUGAUAAAGGCAUCAGCAACAUGUCGUUACACGCAUUGACCGACGUUGUCUCAGAGUUUAGAGACCUUCGAUGGCCGAUUGGUGCAGUCGAAUUGCCGCUACGAUGUGCCGUCGCUUGGGACCCCGAUAAUCUGGCCUUGGAAUGGCGGCCUCCUCAGCGUGUCGAUCACGAUACCGUUUCGCAGGGGUCGGUCGCUACGCUCAACCCGUAUGGACAGGGUGUGGGUCCAGAUCACGCUGCGGCUCUCAAAGAAGCAUGGGAGGUUCGAAUGCGCUGUUACACACUCGCGCUCGAGUCGCUAGAGCUCUUUAACAGUGCUCAGAGCGCGACGAGCGAAGCGGACUUUGAGCUGGCCAACAGCUUGCGAAAUGAGGCUUGGAAUGUGGCGCUCACCAACUCGGAUGCUACCUUUCACUCGAGGUUGUAUGACUGGUGUAUGGAAAAGGGUCUAUCGGAUGUGCUACUCAACGCCCAGACACCGUUUAUCGAAAAGCACCUUUCGAGCACUCCGUUUUCUCGAGAUAAGCUUCAGCUGCUCUGGCAGUAUUACGUGAAGAAUGGAUUGUACCUCCGAGCUGCCCAUGUCCUAUUCGAGCUCGCCAAGACGCCAGAAUUGUCGAUCAGUCUUGCAGAUCGCCAGGAAUACUUGACGCUGGCAGUGUCGAAUGCUCGCUCACAUGCCGGCUCUGAGCUCUCUCGUCACGAGAGUGGCGUCGAAUUCCUCACCAUCGCAGAAGAGCAUCUGGAGGUGGCUGCAGUUCAAGUAGAGAUUCUUGCAGAGGUUCAAAAGCUCGCUAUCCUCAAGGGAGGCGCUGCUGCUCUUGGAGAUGCCUGGGGUGGCAUGGAGCUGCUAGAAGGCACGCUUUUGACAAUCUCUCAGCUCUAUGAGCUAUAUGCCAAUCCGCUCAACCUCCUUGAUAUGAAACUUCUCAUCUUUCAUGUCUCUGGAUUCCAUGAUGAUGCACUGAUACGAAGUACAUGGGAUGAAAUCUUUACGGAUGCGCUUGUGCAAUAUCAGUCAGAAGGUAUCUCUGGCCAAAGUUCGGCUCUCGAGGCCGAGGUUGUCAAGCUGGCGUCCAGAUUGUGCCCCUCGGAAACCGCCUUUCCCCUUGAUUAUAUUACUGUCAAGCUUGAGACCUUUGGUCUGGAGCACCGUUUCAGUCUGCCGCCUGCUUGGACUCCACGUCUCUUGAUGAGGGGCGGCGUUCCCCCAGGCGACAUUUUCACUGCAUUGCGGUCCCUUUACGACUCUCAGGUACCACCUUUCAACAGUCCCAAAGCACUCCAAUUUCUUUUAAUGGAUAUCGCUCUCUUCCUUCGCGACUGGGUCCAGGAGGCUACUCGCCCUCACACGUCCCUGUCACGGCGCGAGUUCCCGGCUGACAUUGUCGACUCGACGAUCGAGCGAUACCUCAAGGAGCUGUCGGGAGAAAAUGCUGCACAUUGUGAAGGAAUCCUCAAGGAGGUCAGAUCCGUGAUCAGGCAAAUGUUCUAG